CAUGCACUUCACCCGUCAUGAGCUCUCUAGCCUUUUAUAUGAUAUCUACGUGUGCUGCUCGCUCCGCAGUUAACAGAGUAGCAGAAAAGCGCGCUGCGUUUAAAAAGAACAAGAGAAAAAAGCAGCAAAGCUCCAGCUCUUCUUGUCACCAUCAACAGGGAGCUGUUCUGUCAUAUGGAGGGAUUUAUUUAAGCAGAUUAACAGCUGAGGGGGAAAGGAACCAAACAUCAGUUCAGAUGGAGGAGGAGCAUUAUUUAGAGGAAGUUUGUUGAAUCGUGUCUUCAUGGACCUCUGGCAUCUCUUAUCUCUGCUGAGUGGCGUAAAAGGCACCUCAGCUCCUACAAUAAAGGGAAUUUCUCAGAAAGCUCAACUCGGCUCCUACAGCACAGAGUCAGAAGAUGGGGGACAAAAACCCCCAGAAUGGAACGGGGAACGGUCAAUACCUGGGAGCCAAUGGUCCAGAUGUGACGGUCCGAACUGAGCGCAUCCUGAACGGAGACUGUGCGCCCCCGACGCGCCUGUACAAGAGGCGCUGGGUGAUCGUGCUCCUCUUCAGCUCCUACUCUCUGUGCAACGCGUACCAGUGGAUCCAGUACGGCAUCAUCAGCAACAUAAUCACCAAGUUCUACCGCGUGGACARCUUCGCCGUGGACUGGCUCUCCAUGGUCUACAUGCUCRCCUACAUCCCGUUCAUCUUCCCGGCCACCUGGAUCCUGGACAAGAAGGGGCUGCGCUUCACCGCGCUCCUGGCGAACGCGCUGAAUUGCGCAGGGACGUGGAUAAAGGUGGCCAGCGCCAGGCCCGACCUGUUCUGGGUCACCAUGCUUGGCCAGUGCGCAAGUUCUCUCGCGCAGAUCUUCAUCCUCGGGAUGCCCUCCAGCCUGGCGUCCACCUGGUUCGGAGCCAAUGAGGUUUCCACCGCCUGCUCCAUUGGAGUUUUUGGGAAUCAGUUAGGUAUUGCCAUCGGCUUCCUGGCGCCGCCCAUCCUUGUGCCCAACAUAGAAGAUGUGGACCAGUUGGCGUAUCACAUCCGGAUCAUGUUUUAUAUUUGUGCAGGCGUGGCCACUGUCAUCUUUGUACUUGUGCUCAUAGUGUUUCAAGAGAGACCAGAGAUCCCCCCCACCCAGUCCCAGGCUCAGGCCAGGAACUGCCACCCUGAUGAGUACUCCUACACGGCCUCCAUCAUGAGGCUGCUGCGUAACAAACACUUCAUGCUGCUUGUGAUCAGCUAUGGGUUGAAUGUCGGGUGCUUCUAUGCUAUUUCUACACUGUUGAACCAGAUGAUAAUAGAACACUAUCCUGGUGAAGAAGUGAAUGCUGGGAGAAUUGGCCUGACCAUUGUGGUUGCUGGCAUGGCAGGGUCCCUCAUAUGUGGCAUUUGGCUUGACAAGACCAAAACUUACAAACAGACCACUCUGGCUGUUUACAUCCUUUCUCUGGCAGGGAUGCUGGCSUACACCUUCACCCUGAACCUGGGUCACCUUUGGGUGGUCUUUAUCACCGCUGGAGUUUUAGGCUUCUUCAUGACCGGAUAUCUUCCUCUUGGUUUUGAGUUUGCGGUGGAGCUCACGUUCCCAGAGUCUGAGGGAACGUCCUCGGGACUCCUCAACUGCUCAGCUCAGAUCUUUGGAAUCAUCUUCACCAUCAGUCAAGGAAAGAUUCUUAAUAAAUGGGGAACCUUUGCUGGAAACAUCUUUCUGUGUGUCUUCCUGCUGAUAGGAACAAUAAUUACAGGACUAAUCAAAUCUGACCUCCGGCGGCAGAAGGCCAACCAGCAGACUGAGGUGCAGACGAAACUGCCAGCUGAUACAGAAGGAGGUAACGCUACACCUGAAGUCCUAAAGGAGAAGAAGUUUUAAGGAGGGUGAUUGUCUUCCAGAUAAACUUGAAUAGAUCCAAAACUAAACACUUUACACUUUAGAACUACGCCCUAUUKAGCCUUACUUAACCAUUAAUAAAUGGUUAGUUAACAUUAAAAACAUUAAGGAUGAUUCUUAACAAGACAUAAA